AGAGAGAAAAAUAUGAAAAAGAUAUAUAUUGGCAAAACUGCCCUCAAAACACAGAGAAAUGGUUGCAAACAUCAGAAAAGAAGCUCUUUCCACGACCACAAGGACGAUCUCCGCAAGCGCCUGUCGUACACCACCCACAAACUAGAGAUGGUGGAGACGGAGUUUGAUUCCACCCGGCAGUACCUCGAGACAGAGCUGCGCCGGGCCCAGGAGGAGCUGGAGAAAUUUACAGAGAAACUACGCAGGAUCCAGAGUAGCUAUGCAGCUCUUCAGAGGAUCAACCAGGAUUUGGAGGACAAGAUGCACAGGACGUCCCACCACCAUGAAGAGGAGAAGAGAGCCCUCAGCCGAGAAAUCAUCGUCCUCAACAACCACCUCAUGGAGGCAAAGAUCACCAUCAAUAAACUCAGAGAGGACAAUGACCUGUACAGGAAAGACUGCAACCUGGCAGCCCAGCUGCUGCAGUGCUCCAAGUCUCACUACAGAGCACACAAGAUGUCUGAGCUGCCGCUGGAUUUCCAGGAACGCAUCAGUUCCCACAUGGAGAAACAUAAUCGGGGUAGCGGAGCCACUAUGGCGAUGUGCCACUCCAACUACUCUGACGCCGUGCCCACAGCCAUAAUUGCUAAAGUCCUGGAAAAGCCCGAACCAGGAAGCAGUUGCCCUGUUACACGCUCACCCAGCCCGCAGCCGCAGGAUGGAGACUUUCUUACAGGAUCAGGAAGCACUGAUAACCUGAACCGCCGCAUUUCGUAUAAAACAUCUGAUCUGUACUGCAGCGAUACGGCUCUCUAUUGCCCUGAACGAUGGCAAGAUACAGAGCGCAGGCAGAGCGUAGACCUCCACGGCACCAGCCUGCUCCAGCUUCACGCCCAGAACUCCACUGACAGCAACCCAGACGAAGAGGCCUACCACUCUGGAAGCUUCUCCCACCACGAGCCUCCAUCCUCCUUCCACCACCAUGAUGAGUUCGGUACUGGUAGCCUCCCUGCCUCCAGUUCCUACUCCAGCUUCAGCCUUGCUUCGGACGAGAAGGGAGUAGUUAGUGGCGGUUGUGGGCGCACUGCCAGCAGCACCUUAUCCUCUUCCCACCAGGGUCUCUAUAUGGACUGGCGAGACGGUGGUAGUGGGGACUAUGGGCGCAAAGGCAUGUCUUCUUAUGAUAAAGACAGCCAAAGCUUUCCCAAGUCCCUCAGCAUCCAGCACAUGGUGACCCCCAGGAGCCCGCAGAAAGCCACCUCACCAGCGUACACAAGGACGGCUUCGUGCUUUAGUGAACCAUACCAUUCCAGCAACCCCCGCCUGGCCUCCUCUCACAGCAUGGGGUCAACAACUGGACUGGCGCAGGCUCGUGGAGGGGCUCUGGACAGCCGAGGCGACGUCCAGGUCCCUGAGGAUGACCUAAGCAGCCGCUGGAGACAGCUCAGCGUGGAAGACAUCAACACCUUCUCUUCUUCCUACCGUGAUAUCACGGGGCGGGUCUCUCCGUAUAGUUUCUCUGAGCGCCACUUUGCCAUGGGCCCCUCCAGUAAGGCCAAGGGGUCUCUCUACAGCAGCUUCCAAGAAGGAGAUGACGUCUUCCACAGCCGCGUGCUGGACCAGUGUUUCGCUGUGGGCCCCCCUUCGCCCAGCCGCAGUCCGAAACCGAUGGAGCAUCGUAAGCAGGAGAAAACUUCUGUGCUGUAUCGAGCCAAGGAUGACAGUCAGGACUCCGAGUGCAGUCUGUUCCUCUCAGGGAGCUCUAAAGAGAAGGAGAGCAGCGGGGGAGCAACGGCGGCUAGCAGCGGCAAGAAGGACUACGUAAACCUGAGUGCAGACAGCUCGGCCGAGUCCUUACACCAAAGCUCCCUCGAAGCCUCGAGUCUUCAACACUACCCCAGCCCCAGGCCGACUGUCCGGCCUCGCCCGAGCUCCAGCUCCGCUCUCAGCGUCGGUCCCGCCCUCCCAAAGAAGACCUCUCCAAGAUACCAAAAAUUUGGCAGCACAGGACUGACGAGGAAGGACAGUUUGACCAAGGCACAGCUGUACGGUACACUGCUGAACUGA